CAAUACUGGGCCGCACUCAUUUUAGCGUCGAAGUCAGAACUUCCCCUCUAUCCUCAUUCGUCAAUCUCAAGCUUACCAGCUCUGAACUCGCAGUCUCUCCUUGGACGACAGUUAGAACUCGCAAUCUCAAGCUUACCAGCUCUGAACUCGCAGUCUCUCUUGGAGCUUGGACUCAACAACCUCAUCAACUCCAUUUCAACCCAGAUCAAACGCUUUUUCCACCUCCACCUGUCGAAGUCCACACCGUCAGCUAAGUGACCGUACUGGAUCGUCAACGACGAUGAGCAGAAGCCGGGUUUUGAGGAAUCCAAUCGCGUUCGUAUUGGGGGUGGUAUUGGUUUGCAGCUUUGUAAUACUCGCGCUCACAAUGCUACGUCUUCCAGAUCCAACCACAACAGCCACCACUCAUCAUUCCCACAGUGAUAACAAGUUACUGAUCGGAAAGUUUGGGGAGAUGAUGAUCCAAAUGUUGCCGGAAGAUCUAGCUUUCACGGUCUUUCUCCCAUCGGAGAAAGCUUUCAAGCGGGACCUGAGGCUGGACCCGAGUGAUAGUUUUGUUGGGGAGAAGAUGAAUGAUACGUAUGCAGUGGUUUCUAGAGUGCUGGGCUUCUCCGCCGUGCCGCGGAGUAUUGGUUCCGAAACGGUGGCGUUUGGGAAGGAGAUUUCGUAUGAUUCGAUAUCGGGGUUUGUGCUGUACAUAACGAAGGAUGAAGAUGGAAGGCUGGUUGUCAAUGGGGUUCGAUCGGAGAGAGUUGAUCUGAGGAGGAAGGGGAGUCUUGUGCAUGUUAUGGAUGGGGUUCUGAUGGAUGCCGAAUUCCAGCAAUCAGUUCAGUAUGACGGGGAAGAAGAUUGAUCGAUGCAACUAACAUUUUGUUUGUAAUUUAUGAGGAAGAUAGAGGUAUAGAGACCCAGAAUGUAACAUGGCAUGAAUUGCAAUUUCAAUUGUAUAAUAAAAUUUGCGUUGGACUAAACCAAAUGUUGAUGAGAUAACAUGGUUAUCCAAGAUGGAAAGAAAAGCAGAAGUGCAAGAUGGUUUAUCCAAUAUCAGUAAACAACCCGGACAACAUUGUUAAGAAAAAACUAAGCACCAUCGGGCAAGUUCUAUAUGCAUUCCUCCAAUUCAAACUUGAAAUACAUCGAUUGAUGGAAUGAACUUAAAGUACGCAUUGGAUGAUCGCACCCCUUGAAAGUCCAAGCGCC